AUGAACGCUAAUAAAGGCGCUACGGUGUUGCACUUAAUAUUGAUUGCUUUCUACACACGGUAUGCGUGCGCCGACGACCACUUUAAGAUGGGCGUUAACACAAACGCGGCGGAAGCGAUGCAGUUUCUGCGAGAAUAUGACAGAGAGGCGUCUGGAAUGUGCUACAGGGUCACACUGUCCCAAUGGAAGUUUGUGACCAACAUAACCGAGCAUAACCGACGGCGAAUGGCAGAGGAGUUGGCGCUCAGCUCGAAGUUUGAGAGGCUCUCAUGGCGUAAGGCGGCUGCGUUCGACGUCUCCCGGGUUCCAGACCCUCAAGCCAGGAGACAGCUGAUGAAAAUUGUGCAGUCCAGUCGCGCAGCCCUACCAGAGGACAAAUUUACUGAGCUGCAACAGUUAAUAUCAGAGAUGAAAGAGAUCUACAACUCUGCAAAAAUUUGUCCAUUUGGCCAGAAGCCGUACGAUCCGCAUGUACCAAAAGUGGGUUAUCUUGGGGCUGAAAAACAGGAAGAUGAUCGGAAUUAUCCAGGACAUCAGCAGUAUAAACUAACCAAUCAGCCCUAUCAACAUUACCAACCUUACCAAGAUAAUGCAGAGUACCCUAAUUAUUGCGACAUGCAGCUGGAUCCGGAAAUAACGAGGAUAUUGGCGCAUUCGAGGAUAGAGAGCGAGUUGUUGUACGUGUGGAAGAGCUUCAGGGAUCAAACGGGGCCGAAGUUGAAGAACAGUUUCAUGAGAUAUGUUCAGUUGACGAAUCAGGCAGCUGUUGAUACCGGGUUCCGGGACGCGGGCGAGCAGAUGCGUGCAGCGUACGAGGACCCGUCGUUCCGCGCGAGUGCGGAGGAGGUGUACAACCAGGUGGCGCCGCUGUACAAGCAGCUGCACGCGCACGUGCGCCGCCGCCUGCUGCAGCGCUACAGCAGUCACGGCCUGCGCGCUGAUGGGCCCAUCCCCGCACACCUGCUGGGUAACAUGUGGGCACAGAACUGGAAGUCGAUAAUGGAUUUGGUGAUGCCGUUUCCGAGUUCGCCCAGCCUCGACGUCACCUCGGAGAUGCUUCGCCAGGGCUUCACACCGCUCAGGAUGUUCCAAAUGGCGGAAGAGUUCUACACGUCGAUGGGGCUGAAGGCGCUGCCGCCGGAGUUCUGGCGCGCCUCGCUGCUGGCGCGCCCGCAGCGCGCCGGCGUGCAGUGCACUGCCAGCGCCUGGGACUUCUGCAACCGCAUCGACUACAGGAUCAAACAGUGCACGGAGGUGAGCAUGCAGGACCUGGUGUCCACGCAUCACGAGAUGGCGCACAUUCAGUACUACCUGCAUUACGCGGAACAGCCACAACUCUUCAGAGACGGCGCCAACCCAGCGUUCCAUGAAGCGGUGGCGAACGCGGCCACGCUGUCUGUGUACAACGCGCCACACUUACAGCGUCUCGGACUCUACAAUAACAAGUCUCACGACCAGUAUGAGGUGAGCAUGAACUUCCUCAUGGCGAUGGCGCUGGAGAAGGUGGCCUACCUGCCCUUCGCGUUCAUGGUCGAUCAGUGGCGCUGGUCCGUGUUCGAGGACGGAGUCCAGGACAUGAACGCCAGGUGGUGGCAGAUGAAGCUCAGGUACCAGGGUGUGAUCCCGCCAAUACCGAGAACGGAAGCGGAUUUUGAUCCCGGCUCUAAAUACCACAUCAUCUCCGACCAGGAGUACGUGAAGUACUUCCUGGCGACGGUGCUGGAGUUCCAGAUCUUCGAGCAGAUGUGCCGAGCGGCUGGGCACGCUGGACACCUGCACGAGUGCGACGUGCACCGCAGCCGGGACGCCGGCAGACUGCUCAGUGAAAUCAUGCAGGCGGGCUCGUCGAAACCGGCCUCGGAGAUUAUUCGCACGAUGACCCGGGGUAAAACCAACAGGAUAUCACCGGAGGCGAUCGUCAAAUACUUCCGUCCCCUGGAGCUGUGGCUUCGCGUUCAGAACCGUGAAGAGCCAGUGGUGGGCUGGAACUCGAACGCGGACGACGUGAAGUUGUUCGCGCCACUGCGGGCGGCCGCCAUUUCGCGCACCGCGUCCGCCAUCUUGUUGAUCGUUUGUAUCGCGAACCAACUUCUAUUGUAA